CAAAAAUUCGUUGUUUAACAGAGUACUUAUGUCGAAUCAGAACUCAUCAUUGAUUCAAGGUCAUAUAUCAUAUCCAAAGUAAUCAAUCUGAGUGUAUUGUUUCUCAGGUAACAAUUCCUCAAGUCAUUCAAGCACAUACGCCAGUAAACCCAAAGGUCUUGGUGGCUUCAAAAUGCCAACAAUGCAAGCUGAUUUUGAUAGACUUGGAAUAUUCAAGGAGAUGUCUUAUGUCACUAUAAAUGACCAGUACGAUAAGCAAUACAGUCAUCAAAUUCGGUCAGCAUUCAAAGGAAAACAGAUGUAUUGUGAUGGAUCCAAACACAAGUCCGCGAAUACGGAUGGUUAUUUUGGACCUUUUAUACGAAUUUUCACUGGUGAUAACAAAAUCGAUCUAGAAAGACUUAUUCGAAUUCAAAGAAAGGAUAGCUCAAAGAAAAUAAUAGGAAAAAAUUGGGCUCCUCCGAACGGGACCCAUCAUCUUCUUGGCUUAGGCAGCUCAAUAGACACGUUUAGUGGUCCCAUACCCUACUUUAGGCCACUAACGAGGCUGAACAAUCAAAGGAUAUCACACAAGAAAAAUUUUUAUACUUCCCCAGCUAAGAAAGGCUGCGGUUCUUACAUUGAUAUCACAAUAGGAAAAUAUCCAAACCACAAGAGUGAUCCUUAUGACAAAAAUAAAAAACCAAGUGUUAAAGAAAGCUCAUCAGCUGGAAAGAAGUUUUAUCUUAACAUGCAUCCCCAGCAAUACUUUGAUAAAAAUCCUUACCACGAAGUGCGUAUUAAGCGACGACCUUUCACUGGAACUAUCAGAAACCCUACACACCCUAAAUCUGUAUUCAAACCAUCAAGUGCGUCAAAAUUAAUGGGUGGAUGUAAAGAUGGUUGUUUUAGCCCAUUCCCUCAUUACAGCUCAGAUAAACCCAGGAGAACUGUCUUGGUAAAAUAUACUAAACCACCACUCAAAAUACCAUCCUGUCCGAAAACAUACCCUAUCACUUCUAUCCUGGAAUUAAACAUCAAAAGACGCAUCAACUCAUCUAACUACAGAAAUUUUAAACCAUCUGUUAUCGACAGUUAGACUCAUCUAUGUUUCAGCAUACAGUUAUGUAAGUUCGCAGAAUUUUCUAUAUGUAGUGGUUACUUAUUCAAUUAAAGUAGGCAUCACUGACUUGUGUUUCACCUUAGUCCUAUAGGUUUUUCAUGCCUUUACCAAAUAUUUAUUCAAAUUCUCAAUCUUGUCGCAAUAAAACAAUGUUGUCACACAGUUUCCUGAAUUCUGAAAACAAUUUUCCGUCUUUGUUGGAGAUAAUUGUUUCCUUUAGAUUAGGGAUGCCAUAUUUCAUAUUUUUAUAAUAGACAAUGCUUAUAAUUUUUAGUGAUGUGCUUGCAUCACGGUUUGGAUUCCGUGAAUGAUAAUAAUGUUGUAUAAACUAUAAAAAGUGAAUUCCCUUUGAAUCUCAUUCAUUAUGCUUAAGCUAGCCCCCCAAUUUAUAACGGCAGUAAUGAAGCUUAGAUAAAAAAUAGUUAAGCAAGAUUUACUGCAUACAUUCGUUUGCGCAGAUGUUCAGUAAGCUCAGAUGAAAACAUCGUUGCUUACGUAGUGAAUAGUGAGAGAACAACUCUUUACAUAGGGUGGUUAAUAUGUCUCAAAACAUAAGGACAUGAAAGUAAGACGUUCAUGAAAACAACAGAGUUACUCUAGAUGUGAAAAUUACUCAAUUGUCACAUGAAGUCUGAGUUAUUAAGGCCUUCUCAAA